AUGGACAUUUUAGAAACAAGCUGUCGAUUUUGCUUAACAGAUAGAUCGAGAGAUGUUAGAAUGCUGGAACUAGACGAAAGUAUUGAGCAGUUAUUCUUUGAUCUCACGCAAAUCAGACUAACAUACUAUUCAAGCCAUCCAAACAUCCCUCAUUCGAUAUGUGAGACAUGCUAUAGAGACUUAAUGAAAUGUUUAGACAUAAAGAAGCUUUUUAUUGACAAUCAGAUUGAACUAGAUAAGAAAAUAUUAAUUAUACUACACAAUGUGGAUAUUAAGCAUGAAUUAGAAAGUGAUAUCCAUCCAUCAAAGACUGAAACAGCAGAUCCAUACAUAGAUCAUGAGAAUUUAAGCAAUUUAGAGGCAUCUUCACAGACUGUAUUGAUCUUUGAGCACAAUCAAAUUGACCUGAAAGAAUGUCCUCAAUGCUUUGACUUAUUUGAACAUGCAGAAUUUACUAAGCACAUCCAGACACAUCAGAAUCGUCAUGCAUGCCAUUCAUGUAGUUAUAGCUCUCCAAAAUUCGAUAGACUACAAAAGCAUUGCUUAAAAGUUCACAAAACUGAAGCAACAAUUAAGGAAAAAUUAAUUAAAAAUAAAGUGGAUGAAAAGCAACAAUGUGCAGUUUGUGGAAGUUUUGUAAAGAAUCUAAUCGAGCAUCUAAAAUUCACUCAUAAUCAGGCAAAGAAAAGUUUCUAUUGUGAUCAUUGUAGCUACUCGUGCUACUUUAAAACUAAAAUUGAAAGACAUUUACAAAAGCACAUCCCAAAAGAAUUUCGAAACUUAAUUAAGUGCCCUGAUUGUAGCUUCCUAUGUAGUCGAAAGGAUGCCUUAAAAUCUCAUAUAAUGACAAUGCAUCAAAUUAAUAGACAAAAAAUCUACGACUGUCAACAUUGUAAGAAAUCAUUCUAUAAUACAUCACAGCUUAAUAUCCAUACAAAGUCAGUCCAUCAGAAUAUCAGGAACCAUCUAUGUCAACACUGUGGAAAAGCCUUUUUCACCACAAAAGAUCUGAAAAUUCAUUCAGCACGUCAUUUUGAGAAGAAUGAAAAAUGUUCAGAAUGUGAUGCAAUCUUCUUCUGUAGAGUUGAUCUUCGAAGGCAUGUCAGGCAUAAACAUAUGCCAGCUAGCAUAAUUUGUCAAAUCCAGAACUGUCAAUUAAAGUUCCAUACAAAUUCCCAGCUCAAAACGCACAUAAAGACAAGACAUGAACACCUUAAACAAUAUAUUUGCAAUUUUUGUGGAUCUAGUUUUGCUCAGUACAAUAACAUGAAGAGGCACAUUGACUCUGUCCAUAAAGCAUUGAGGAUUCAUUGUCCUGUUGAUAAUUGUACUUACUCAAUAACCAGAAAAGACAAAUAUAAAACUCAUUUAAUUAAAGCUCAUAAGAAUAUUGACGAGAAAAUGAGGGAGAUUGUACUCAAGAAUGUCAAGUAUGAGUGA